AUGAGCGCUCUCUGGUUGCUGCUUUUGCUGUCUUCUUCCAGACUCGCUCGAGCGGCUUCAUCCACGGGUAUUGGCGGCUAUGUGGCACAAGGGGUGGGCAUGAGCACUGCUGCCGCGCCAGCCUUCACGGGGACGGCGACCGCCAACAACGACGAUGUGGACGUAUGCUAUUCGUCCUGGAACGAGUAUUGGUCUGCAAGUCAGGCCUCUUUCAACGCUUCUUACCUCCACGCAAACGUCACAUAUGUUCCUACAGCAACACAUGUCUCGACCGAAACAUACACAUUCUCUCAGCGUCCCGAAGCCACCUUCACCGAUGUCACUACCAUCGAUGAAACCACGCCGGUGAUCAAUGGCGGCUUCACCAUCAGCACCCAGACGAUAGACACGACCUCUACCACCCUCUACACGCAAUCCUAUAUGCCAGCUUAUACGGACACGUCCACGGAGACAUUCACAGAGCACGGCACGUCGGCCAUCGCGAAUACCACGAAGGUUUUUCCCAAGCCUACAUGCACGUUGCCGUCUGUUGUACAGGACUGCCAGAACAAGUGGGAGACGUACAUCACCAGCAGACUCGAGCCCUCGCCCACUCCACCACCCCAUUGCGAUAUCAACGCCGGCUUCGAGGGCCGCUUUGUCGGUAUCGAUGCCACUCCUGCGUGUGCAAAACCCUAUUGGUCUGCUGCUGCGUCUUACUACGAAAAGUUCGAAGAUGAGACAGUGGGGCUCAAGGCACCACUGUGUACAGCGGCCUCGAUCAGUGGAUCGCUCUGCCAAAGCGUGCGAGACGCGUAUCAAAUGAGCGAUGUGUUCGCACCGGCUUUACCGCGAGAAACCAUGGCGAAUUAUGCUUCGCAGUAUCUCUUCUUCAAUCAAGGUACACAGGGCUUGUUGCUGGGUAAUAAGACGGAAUGGAUCUGGCCAACUUCCUCGACGAUGGGCAAUGCUCCGAGCUGCACGCUGGGGUGUGGGCGGUGUGCGGUGACUGGUGGGACUGUGCAGUUGAUUUACUGGCCGCCGACUGCGACUCCAACCCCUACCCUGACUGCUAUGCAAGGCAACAAUGCUACGAUGAAGGCUAGGGCGACUGAAGCUCCGGUUGUUACGGUGGAGGCAUUGGGGACGACGUUCACGUCGCCGACUUUGUACAUUGCGUAUAAGUCGCUGUAUGCUGAGAAUGCAUGUGGGACUGUUGGCACACAGAUUGGAGAGACUAUCUUGGCUAUUCCGACCGACAAGCCUUUGUCUUCUGUUUAUGCGGGAACCGAACCAUGUGAUGCGCACUUUCGCGUAACCUCAGUAUGGACCGCCACAGCCCCCUUCAGCGUGCAAGACCUCCACGAGCCCGUCCCAUACAGCAUCUACUCCUCCCAACCAUGGUGCCAGACAUACCUGCGGAAUCACGGCUGUCAAGGCACCUGCCCAACAACAGCGCCCUACAAGCCCAUUCUCGUCGUCAACAACGACCUCCUGCGUGGUCUGCAGAGCGAUUGGAAUGACUGCUGGGGCGAUAUUCGUGGCGUGUAUGAUCCGCCUUUGGCGCUUACUGAGGCGAAGACGGAGAUUAAGCCUGGGAAUACGUUUGGUGGUCUGGAGCAGUCGGCGACGCCGGCGAGCGGACCGGUUUCUAAUAGUGCUGUUCCUACGGCGACUGCUACCUCUGAGGGUGUCCCGGCUAGUGCGAGUGGCGAGUUGCAACCAUCAGUGCCUAGGCAGCCGGAGUCGUCAAGUGUUCAGCAGGAGAGUGAGGCUCCUGAGAAGAGCGAGGCGACUACGGAGAGUAGUGCGCCUCCUCCACCACCAAAUCAGCCCUCUCAGACCGCGAGUCCGAGUGAACCAUCACCGUCAGUCCCUAGGCCUACCGAGCCCCCGGAGCAAAGUAACACACCUGCUCAGCCGUCUGAUCACCCAGCCCAGGCAUCAGAUCCGAGCGCACCAUCGUCAUCAGAUCCUCAGCCUACAAUCGCCAUCCUCGAUCCUCAAUCAGACUCGGCUUCCCCAACCGCCAUUAUCGUCGACCCUCAAUCAGCGUCUCCUUCGCCAAUGACAGGGUCACCCCAUGCUAUUCAAGUCGUUCAAGGGGAUCACACAGUUACUCUCACCGUGGGAGCCCCUGCCGUAACUACCGCGAGCUUUAUCGAUGCUGUUCAAGGACCGACUGUUGCGACUGUGGACAGUCAAGUCCUUUCAAUGGCCCCAGUACCACAACAGGAUGGCACUGUCCAAGUGGUCAAUGGUGCUUCCGCGGCAGUGCUGACGGUGGGAGCUCCUGCUGUCACGUUCGGCGGACAGGUCAUGUCUGCCGCAUCAUCUGGCGGUGGUGUGGUUGUUGGUACUGGAGCGGACGCUAGCACUAUCAAUGCGGUACAGGCUACGCAUCUCGAAGCAUUCACCAUGUCCGCGCUGCCAAGCGGCGUAACGGUCAUCAACGGAGACCAGACCGAGACACUCACCCCAGGCGACUCUGCAGUGACGAUUGGAACCGAAAUCCUCAGCGCUGCGUCCUCGGGCAAGGUCGUAAUCGGCACAGGAAGUGCUGCCAGCACUGUUGAUGUGACGCAGACUUCUUCUCCGUCAAUGCGCUCCUCUCAGGGCUCGCAGAGUUCAUCGCAGAGCUCACGGGGCAGUUCUGGAUCAUCAGCGAGCUCUAGCUCAUCGACAGCGAUCCCUUCGAGUACGAUUCCCAGCGAACGACCGAGUGAUACGACUGCGGCUGCGUCGUAUUCCAGUAGUGCGGCCUCAAGUCGAAACAUGGCAUCGUCGAGCGAGCUUGUGGCUGCACUGCUUUUUAUGGUGUUUGCUCUAUAA